AUGGGUAAUUGUUUCAAUUAAGAUGAGAAUGCCAAAACAUCCUUAUAAUCACUAAAGAAAGUAGAUUAGUUAUAGUCGCAAUCUCUUUAAGACUUAGAUAUCAAUAAAAUUACUUUAAAAGAUUUUUUAAGUCAAGGCUAAAUAGGAAGGGUUGUGAAUAUAUAAAUAUUUUAGGGAUAAUUCGGUAAGGUUUUUAAAGUGAAAAUGAAGAAUAGUUCUCAGGAAUAUGCUAUGAAAGUAAUUAAAAAAUCAGAAAUCAUUUAAUUUGGAUUAGUGGAACAUACAAUGCUUGAAAAGAGUGUUCUUAUAAGAAGUAAAAACCCUUUUGUUGUAAAAUUAAAAUACUCAUUCUAAACAGAUUAAAAGUUAUAUUUAGUUAUGGAGUAAUAUAUUAAAUUAGAAAAUUUAGAUUAGUUAAUGGAGGUCAGCUUUCAAAGAUUCUUAGUAAGUAUCAUUAAAAUCGAUUUACAUAAAUUUAAGCAUAGUUUUGUGCUGCUGAAAUUAUUCUUGGAUUAGAAUAUAUACAUGAAACAUUAAAGGUUUUAUAUAGAGAUUUGAAACCAGAUAAUAUUUUAGUUACUUAGGAUGGACAUUUGAAAUUAACAGAUUUCGGAUUAUCAAAAUAAUAUGAUACUUAAGAUAUGAAAUUCUUUACUGUAAUGAUUAGAUUUAAUUAUAAGUUUAGUUUGUUGGUACACCUGAAUAUAUAGCCCCAGAAAUUUUGUUGAAAUCUGGACAUAAUUCAUCUGUAGAUUGGUGGAGUCUAGGAAUAUUACUUUAUGAAAUGCUUGUAGGAUACACUCCUUUUAGAGAUCAAUCUAAUAAUUUAAGGGUGAUAGAGAACAAAAUAAUUUAAAGUGAGAUAUUAUUUCCAGAUUUCGUAUCUAAUGAAGCUAAGGAUAUCAUUUCUCAACUAUUAAAUAAAGAUCCCAAUAAUCGUUUAGGUAAUAUCUAUUUUUCAUAAUAUAGGAAGUAGAUCUGUAGAUUAAAUAAAGAAACAUAUAUUUUUUUCUUAAAUUAAUUGGGAUGAUAUUUAUUAUUUAAGAACAAAAUCACCAAUUUUAGAUGGUCUAACUAAGAUCUUAUAAUAAAAAUAGACAGAAAAUAAAGGAGUUCCAAAAAAAAUAUUCGAAACUCCCCAAUCUUAAAUAAGAUAAACUAAUGGUUAAUUCGAAGGUUUCUCUGUUAAUCAUGAUGAAUAUUGA